GUUGGGUUUGCUUUUAUAUUCAGAACACUGUAUUGCCUGUCUAUUUCAGUUUUAUUGUAAAGUUUAGUGUAGUAAGUCCAUAAAAUCGUAUUUCAAAAAAUCCAAAGUAAAAAAAUUCGUUAUAAUCGGAAAGCGAAAGACUCAGACUAGUUCCGCAAUACGAAGACAGGCAGUAGAAAAUUACAGAUUGCAAGGGAUAGAAAGAGCUUAAGCGUUUGAGAUGGGACCCAAGAAGAAGUCAGUGGCCGUUGCUUUGCCUCCGGAGGAAAACUCGCAAAAGCCUGAGAAGAAAGCCCCGCCGAAGAAGGAGCCCCUACCGAUCUUCGUUUUCGAUGUUGUGGUCACCCAUGUGGAGGCCAAUAACGUGGAGUUCACCAAUCCAGCCAAGCUGGAAGUCACCGCCAACUUCUUCAAGACUCCCAUACCCCUGACGGCCAGUCAGAUAAAUGUAAGCGAUUUCAAGGCCAACGCCGGUCUCUCCUUUCAAAAGGAACCCAAGGAAGUCCGCAAGACCGUCAACGAUUGUGGAAUAUCCUUUACGGUGGUGUACAGCAAAAAAGUGAUUGGCUCUGGCCAAACAUCCUUUCCGUCCAGCGUGGUCGAUACCAUCGAUAAGGAUAUGUCUGACAUCCUUCAUUCGGACGUCAUUAACCUGGCUGCAAGCGGUCAGGUGACCGGCAAGCUGGAGUUCCUCUGCCGCCUGGUCGUCAUGUGCAUUGCCGAGGAGCCUGAAGCCGAGGGUUCGCGCAACAUGGACAGAAGCAUCAAUCCGCAGGACAUCAUGUUUGUGAUGGGCGAAUCGCAGGUGUGUCCCAGUGCCUGUGAACCCUGCCGAAACGAUCUGGAGGAGGAGGAGGGCGAUGAGCGCCUCAAACUGGACCUGGAUCGAUAUCGCAGCCAGGGAGGUGGCAUAAAGCCCUACAAAAUGAUGACGGAGAAUGGAUCGGGCAUACCAGCCUGUUGCGAACUUAAGAAAAUGGCCAUUGAGUACGAGAGGAUGAUCGAUUCGAUAACCAAGCGGACGGGAAUGCAGCCGCCCAAGCCUCCGUGUCGAGAUGCCGACGAGGCGAACAGCUUCGGCAUGAAUCCCUGCUGGUGUCAACCGGAAGCACCGGCUUUCCUGGAACUCCCCGAGAAGCCGGACAAGCCGUGCUUCGUCUACCUGCCCGCCACCCAGGAUCAUGAGCCGGACUUUUGCGAGAAGAACCUCAACCCGGUGCCCAUUGCCGACUGCGAUGGCCACAAGCCGGAGAUCAAGCCCAUCCGCUUCUGUCCCGUCUGCUUGACCAAUAUGUCCUGGCUCCCGAAGUUCGCGGCCUGCCCGAAAUGUGGCAUCAAACCGAUGCCCGUGGUGGCGGAGCGGCACAAGGAGAAGAAGCUGUCGGCGGAUCAGAUCCUGCUCGAGUACCUGGGCAAGGGACCGGCCACCGUGGAUGACUAUUGCAUCGAUCCCUGCGACAAGGCCAAGAAGGACAAGGAGGCGGCCGAGGAGGAGGAGUGCCCGCCCUGCCGCUGCACCUGCAAGUUCGGCAAGAUGUGUGCCCACUGCAGGAUCAGAAAGCUAUGCGCCGACAUCUUCAAGAGCGACCAGGUGGCGCCCAAGUGCCCCAAGGUGGAGCCCAAGGAGUCCGAGGACUACUGUGUGGUGAACAAGAGCUCCGACGACUGCCGACCCUACCUGGCCAAGGUCUUCUCCGAGCUGCGCGAUCUGUACGACAUCAAGGACACCAAGAAGAUGUCCGAACUGGACGAGAACUGCGAUCGGGCGGUGCCCAAGGCGGCGGAGAAGAUGGAGUCCAAGAAGCCGGAGGCCAAGAAGGGCGAGUGCCAGGCGCCCAAGAAGGCGCCCUAUAUACCGCCCAACAACAAGGGUCACAUCUCCAGCCGGCACAAGCAGUGCGUCCACCAGUCCGGCUUCGUGUCCCGCCGACAUGGUUGGGCCUGGAGCAAGAGCUGGGAGGCCAAGAAGCUGGGCUGGCGGCCAGGCGCCAUCCGGAAGCCCAUCAAGCAACUGAUGAAGUUCUUCCUGGAGCGACCGGAUCAGCAGAAUGCCUUCGCCAAGUGUAAAGAUGCGGAGACCUUGGAGCGGGAAAAGGAGCUGGCCUCACCGGUGCUGAAUAUCUGCAAGAAGAACGGCGAGAUCUUCAUCACCCUGAGACCUCUUUCUACUUUGGGUGUGCGCCAAAAACCCAUCACCUUCCGGGUGGUGAAUAGCGAACUGGCCGUGGCCCUCAGGGAGAUUAAAAGGAAACUCAAGGACAAGGGCUUUCGCAAGUGCACCUGCCACCAGACCCUGAUGAUGUGCCACUGCAGGGAUCCCGUUGAGAAGGUCCAUCUCCAGAGGGCCCUGAACCGGGAGUGCCGACGCCACUGCAUUCCACCGGCUGGAGACCAUCUGGUGCUCACCGAUACCAGCGAAAGCGACAUGGAGUUUGACUUUGAUGUCACGCCGCCCGCGGGUACGGAGCAACCGCCGAGGGCACCAUCGCCGGAGACAGUUAACCACGGCACGCAGACCUCCAAGAAGGACCAGAUGCCUCUGCCGCCCAAAUAUCCCGUGCGUGUGAAUCCCUACUAUAGAGCUUAUGACUGCGCCGUGGGCGAUCGCUAUAUGGGCACCGCUUUCGGUUGGCCAGGUGAAGUGGUCUUCGAGGACGGGGUGUUUGGAAUGAUGGGAGGAGGGCCACACGGACCCAAUCCCAUGCCGUGUGGCAGACCCCGAGUGCCAGGAGCCUGGGGACCUGGAGGAGGAGGAGGCGGUGCAGGUGGAGCAGGAGGAGGAUUUGGCGGAGCAGGAGGGUUCGGAGGAGCAGGAGGAGGAGGCGGCGGAGGCAGGGGAAUCUUUGGCGGCGGCAGAGGAAGAGGAACCGGGGGUCCUGGUGGCUUUGGAGGCGGUCCCGGCGGCUUUGGUGGCCCUGGAGGAGGAGGAGGUGGAUUCGGAGGCGGUCCCGGCGGCGGAGCCUGGGCGGGAUUCCCCGGCGCCGCCAUGGGAAAGGGCAAAGGCACAGGCGUCAAGGCAGAACCCAUACCAGUGCGCUACCCGAAGAGAUUCCUCAAGCCCGCCGAGGACGCAGCCAAGGCGGCCAAGCAGGCGGAGAGGGAUGCGGUGGAGGCGAAAAAGAAGGGCAUCAACAUGAUCAAGUAUCUGCAAAAGAAGGGCACACUCGUGCGACCCUGGAAUCCCCAGGAGGGCAAGGACAAGCGACCCCGGCCACCGAAGGGUGGGCCUGUGGGCGAGGAUGGUCUCAAGCCGAACGAGCGGAAGCAAAAGAUGCUGCUGGCCGUUCCACCCACUCCAAUCACUGCGAUGCCCAGACGCGGAAAGGGCCCCAAUCCCUGCGAUCCCUAUCGUGUUGAUAUUGUCUGCUGAUAAAGUCUUCCGUGGGAAUCUCCUCUGUGGUCUCUGCAUCCUUUCCCAUUCGAAUGGCCCUUUCAAAUAUUAUGUCUAGUAUAUUUUAUAAUAUACCCAUUGAUUUUACA